AAUUCCGUUACCACAAGUGAAGUCAUUUUAAGACCUCAACAUGCCAUAGAAAGAAAAAGAAUCGUAUCCGCUGUUGUAGCUUUAUCGGGGCCUAAUCCUAAUUUCAGAAGAACCCACUCUGCUUUGGGUUUGGGUUCAUCGAAAGUUUUGGGAAACAAAAAGAACAAAAAUGGAAAAAUGAUUCUCAAAUUAGUUCUUCCCGAAGAUCACCUCAACGGGAUAGAAAACGACUUUUCCACCACAAACCCAGCAGACGACAUUGCGGGUACUUUAGGAAACUCUCAUUCGAGUGUUCGAUCCCAACAACAACCUUCUAGCAUCUGUAGUAAGCAGGACUAUGCAACGCCCAUCAAUCACACUUCCUCAACGGGAGACUAUGAAUACGGGUCUGCUAAAACUCCGGGAGGAUUUUCUUUUGUCGGUUCACCAGAAUCCUCUAUCUGCGUUCCUGAUGACCCAACGCCUAGCGACGAGAAAAGACGGGCAUUCACGGAUUUGUUAACGAAAACACUCAGUCUAUUCUAUGCUUUAUUCAACAUAACAGUAGGAUUAGCAGUUUUUGUCGCUGAUAUAGUGGGCACAUCACGUAUAGCGGAGAUAUUCAGUCUCUGUCUGGUCAUAGUGGCUGCCAUAUAUAUUAUAUUUCUGACUGUGGAUAUUUCUAUAUUCAUGAACAGAAAGCGCAAAUACGAGGAUCUCAUUGAAAAAAAUAUGCCUGAGCAAGUGGAAAUGUCAAAAACUACAGAUGGACAUUUCCAGUUCAACAUAGUUCUACCAGAAAUCAUAAAGGAAGGAAAAGCUAUCAAACACAAUUACUGUUUCAAUAAAGAUCGCCACUCUACAAAUUUCUAUCUCAAAAUUGGAGCAGCAGGUGAGACAUUUUUCAGCUACAUCUUUGCCCAUAAUGUGCGUAAAUUUCUGAAGUAUUCUUUUCCAAAUGUAUGCUUAUGA